CUGCCCCUCCCAACCUGCCUCCCCACCUGCCAACUUCCAACUGCUGCCUCCCAGCGCUCGGCGCCGCUUUUAUAUAGAAGCUUGGCCGCCGCCCAUGCGCAUGCGUGAUGGGGUCCCCAUCGCUGGACGCUGGGACUCGUAGUCCCCAUCUUUGCGGCCCGCCGCUACACGCGCCGUGCGACGUAGCCAAUGCCAGGUCGCGUAAGGAGCGUCUCCCUGGCCACCGCCCUCCGCCGCCUGUCCCUCGCUGGGAAAACGUGAGUGCCCAUUGGCUAACAGUCACACGUUGCGCGGAGGAGGAAAGCCAAUGCAGAGAGGGGGCGGGCUCUGGACCGUACCAUUCCGCUUCAGGAAUACGAGAAGGUUCGAAGGUCUGUGAGGGCCCACACAGAAUAUUUUAAUACAAAGGUGCGUCUUAAAGCAUGCUAUCGUAUUCUGUACUCAGUGAAAAGGUGCCGAAGGUCGUAAUCAUUUGUUAACUGGGUCAAAAAAAUGGUUUACUCCUAAAAAGUAGUCCCUAAAGUGUAAAAAAAAUUAAGUCUUAUAAAGAGACCUAUGGGCCCAUGGCUGGUAGCUUUCGAUUCUUAAGAUUACGCAAAUGUUUUAAAAGUGUAUUGCUAGAACCUCGGACUGACGAUUGCGGACGGAUAUUGUGACACAUUUUGCAAAAAAAUGAAAAGCGCAUGAAGAAGUAAACAAAUGAAGUAUAAAAAGUGCCGCCUUAAAGGGACAGUGUGACUGCGUUAGCACAGCAACGUCGGACUAGGCCUCGGAGAUGAGAAGGCAGGUUCGAGUCCCGAGCGACGUCCACCCGCGGACUGGCCUCGAGACCUAGGAGGGACGUGGCCCAGCCCCAGCCCCAGCCCCAGCGUGGCCAUUCGGUGCCGCUGCUGCCCCGGGGAGGCCGCCGCUGCCAGACGGUGGCCUGAGACAGCCUCUCGCCGGGCCGGUAUCCGGGGAGCGGAGCGCGGGGUGUGCGCCAGGGGCUCCCUGGAAACCCCGGGGUAGGAAGGCCUCGCCCCCCCCACCCCCCACCCCCCGGGGCCUCAGCUUCUAGCGAAGAAAAUGGCCUCUUGGGGCCGACGUGGUCUGUGCAGAGCAUUUCCUGAGACGGACAGGGGAGUCGGGCCCGCUGGUGAACUCCUUGUUGGUGAAUUAACCACCCGUUCUGAUGAUUUCUCCCUUAAGAGCGGCAGCGGCUGACAUCCCAACAGCUUUCCACCGGAUCGUGUGCUUUUACCGCAGAACCGUUUGACCCCACCACGGCCCAGGGGGAAAGGAUAGAAAUGACUGCCUCCAUCUUAGAGAUGGAAAGUCUCUAAGACUCAGAGAAAUUAAGUGACUUGUCCAAGGUCACAUGACAACGAAGUGUGCCGGCCUCUGUGACCCCCGGGCCAUUUUUCUUCGUCACAAACACAGAAUUCCUUUUUUCCCCCCAACAACUCUAGAUUUAGUUCCUUUUCAUUCCUAACAACUUCAGCAUAAUCCAGGCCCUCUUUUCUUCAUUUAGCAAAGAUCUGUUAGGAGGGCCUGAUAUUUAACAUGCCAUCCUUGCUGCUCAGAGGCUGCGUACAGAGGCCGUCAAACAGCCAAAGUGGCAGGGGACAGAAACCAGCGGGGAGCCGGUGGGCCCCGCUGCGGAGGAGCGGACGAUUGUGUGCAGGUUUCCAGGGGAAGUGACUUCCUAGCUGUCUUUGCAGGAUGAAUGGUUUCCAGGCGAAGUGGCACAAAGAAGGGCAUUCUCUGAAGAGCAAGCCUCCGUUCAGGAGUGGUUCUGUGGGAAAGUGGCGAGGGCAUGCCCAAAGGGAGAGGCGGGCGGGAGUGCCGGUGGGGCAGGGCCGGGUGUUCUGAAAUGGACCAUCCCAGCCUGUUUCCCCCGAGCUGCUGAGAACUCCGUCCAUCUGACAAGCCUGCCUUCUGCGCUGCUUCCUCCGUCCAGCAGGAGGUGCCUCGCACUGGGAGCACCGGGUGGGCGCCAGGGCCUCCCUGGAAACCCCGGGGCAGGAGGGCCUCCCCCUGGGGCCUCAUCUUCCAUCAGGGAGUCCGAGACCUCCAGUUUGUUACCACAGUUUUAGACUCCAAAGGACUCCUGGGUACCCUUCAUCGGGGAAUCUGGAAGGUACAGCUGAGCCCAGCCUCAGUUUUCUGGACAGGGCUCAGCUGUAUGGACUCAUUUGUCAUAUUGGGGUUCCCAGACGAAUAGGUUGUGGAAUUCUAGAAUGCUAUCAAACAGGGGGCCAGGCCCUUACUCUUAGCUGAGUUUUAACCCGUUGCCAGGCAUUUUAUAUACCCUGGUCAUUUAAACCCCAGGACUGCCUUAUGGUCACCAUCUUUAUUUCACAAACAAGACAACCCAGGCUCAGAGCAAUCAAGAUCUUGUCUUGCCCGGCCGGUGUGCCUCAGUGGUUGAGUGUAAACCUAUGAACCAGGAGGUCAUGGUUCAGUUCCAAUCGGGGCAUGUGCCUGGACUCCAUCCCCACUCGGGGGCAUGCAGGAGGCAGCAGAUCGGUGAUUCUCAUCAUUUGAUGUUUCUAUCCCUCUCCCUCUCUGAAAUCAAUAAAAAAAAAUAUUUUUAAAAGAUCUGGUCUUACCCAAGUCGCAACAAUUAGUGCGUGCAAGUGGUGGAGCUGGCUUCCGCUCCACCCUGCAUCCCCAGCACCAGUCUGUCCCUCUCCCCCUGCCCUGCUGUGGCCUCGACUGUAACCCUGGGCCAGCUUGGAGCAGCGGGGCCAUGUGUCUGUUCGGAGGGAUCCGCCUUGAGAACAGGACUGAGGAUAAAAGAGAGAUGGCCGAGCCGGGAGGGUGGGCAAGGCCAAGGCUGACCCCGGUAACUCGGGAGCUUAAGGAUCUCCAGGGAGGGGCAUUCAGAGCUACUCUUCCUCACCCAGGGGCAGGAAGGCCCUGGGGCCCAGGUGGCAGCAACAGGGGUCUCCAGGCUGCUGCGGCCCUGCACGGGGGACGUGGCCAGUGGCCUGAGCGCCAACACGGCCUGGGCAGGGCUGGUGCUGACCCAGGGCGGCCGGAGUUGCUAGGAGGUGAGAAGGAUAAAUGUCACUGGGAGGUCUGUGCCCGCUCGGGCUUCUGCCCGCACCAAAGAGGGGCUCCUGGCGCAGGUCCCCGCCCCGCCCCCAUGCCUACGGGGCGCGCGGGGGGGGGGGGGGCAAAGGCUCCCACUGGGUCUUGGCCUUCCAGAAAGUUCCCUGGGAAAGCCCAGGGGGAGAUCACGGGAAGGGGCACUUCCCAGCCUGGUGCCUGGAGCCCAGCCCUACGCGCCCACCCCCGGGAGCAGCCGUUCUUGUCUACGGGUGACCUCCCUCUGGGCCCCGACGGGGGAGGGAGGGGGAGUCCUUGGCCCUACCCCGCGGCGGGUGCGGCCCGCGCCCCUCCCAGGACCCCCCCGCCCCCCACCCCGGCUCCGUGCUCCGUCACUCUCCGUGGAGGAGGGACAGCCUUCCCCAGAAGCGUCCCCCAGUGGCCUCUCCUCUCGGGUGGUCGAAGGGACACGGGGUGGGGAGCAGGGGAGGGACUGUGCCUCGGCGCUCGGGACUCGGCUUCCGCCUCACUUCGCAGAUGGCAGAAGAUUGUUUUAUUUUAUUUAGUGAAACAUUCAUUUGUAAGUGGAUCUUCAGAGAAGACGCCCUGAGUGUGCGCGGGAGAGGAAGGCCAGCACACGG